AUGUCAUCCGAUAUUGAAGUAACAGAGGUCAGACGUGUCCCAUCGGCAUUUACUUAUAAACGAUCCACAAAAAACGGAGUCAUUCUAAACUUCCAGCCAUCUAGUCAGGUUCGCUUCGAGCCAACAAACGGAAGUGGGGACUGUCGAGCAGGCAGGAAACUAGUUUUUAAAAUAGCAGAUGACAAGCGUUUCUGGCUCGUUAAUGAAACAUUGCACAAAUAUAGACUAGUAGGGCUUGAUGAUGAUUACAAAGAAGUUGUUUCUGCCACUGCAACCCACAGGCUAUGUCAAUCAGGAACAGAUGCUGUAUGGAAACGGCAAUCUAUUCUGAUCAAUGGAAGGAUCAUUGAAGAUCUCAAUGACUACAACCUUUUUACGGUGCAUGAAAACGCUCUAACAUCGUGGGAAACCAAACAACAUCUUGGCCAAUGCAAGUAUUAUUCGAGUGAGGAUAAUGACCGUUCAGCAGUGGUUGCUACAAACAGGGCUUACACUGUCACCGGCUCAUCGCUGUCAUUCUUUCAAAAUGAAGUGGCUUUUCCUCUAUGUCUUGUAAAAGGAGGAGUAACCCUUGAAAUGACUGCUGAGACUGAACUCACGAAAAUUUUUCCCACAUCCGGAAUAAUCAAAUAUUUCAGGAUUGAACAAAAUGAACUGAUUUGUCAGUUUGCUGAACUGGUCAAGGAAUACUAUGAUAAAGUGCUUGCUUUGAUGCAGGCUGAGGAUCCUACACCCCUGACUAUCCCCAUGCAAAUAGUGUGGAGUCAAGAGUUUGCAGGACAAGAUAGUCGAGUACAACAACUCUCGCUUGUAACAGGUGAACAGUCCUCUGUUUCGUCAUUGAUGUUGGUGACAACUGACAAUUUAAGGACUGAUGUAGACAAAUUGAAUUAUUCGGACGAUGCAGGUAUUAGAACCAUUUCUAUCCAAGUAGGAAUGGAACGGUUCCCACAAGGGAAGGCUAUUGCACAUGGCUCUGAGAAAACAGGAGUUGUCUCUACUAUAGACCCAGAGAUGUAUGCUCUUUCACAAAGGAACAAGGACUUUAACGAUGUCAAGUUUGCGCCCACUAUGUCUGAUUUGGAAGGAUGGGAUCUAGGAGGAAAAAAGAUAAAACAUUGGUCGUGGAGGCAGAAUUUCAAGCAAACCCCCGACAUGAUUGGUGGUGGUCUUCAGACUCUAGCCGAUGGGCGCAUUCUAAUCAAUGUCUCUCAAUAUCCAAAUCCUCCGGAAACAGCCGAUUUCGCCGGCAUUCCUACAUUCAAGGACAAGACAUUUCAUGUAUUUUGGACUACUGAUCAUGUGAUGAGCAUCAACAAAGAUGAAAACUCAUCAACGUAUCGGCCAUGCCGAAUAAAGGACUUAGAGCGGCUGCUCGUGCAAGAAACAGGCGCAUCAUCGCUGCUAGAAAAGCCGCAGCAACACGUAAGUGACGCUACGGUUCUGGAAGAGUCGGAUGCCAAGAUUCUUUCCAUUGAACGGAAGGGCAUCCCUGAGUACAAGCCGGUGGCAUAA